CUGGGAUAUAAUCGGCCUGCUUAACCCCUCCGACCCCCCAGCUGCAAGGUGGGAGGAGGCUGCCUAGGCCUCUGGAGGACCUGUGUGGAGGUGACACCCAGCAGCUGGGGCUUCCAGCCUAGCGCUAGUGUGGAAGUGAUCCUGGACCCUCCAGGCUGGGCCCAGAACAGAGAAUUUGGGCACUGGCCAGGCGGAGUGGACAUAGAAGAGUUAACUGAUGGGGUGUGACAAGGCGUACCGCCCUCAGGAAGUGUUACUCACCGCUGGGAAUGUGCGCCUGUGCCUGGGGGCUGAAUUCUCUUCCUGAGUCCUGGGAGAAGCCUAACUAGAACAGAGAAAGGAGAACCACAAAGGAGCUUCUAGCCAUGGAAGAACCUGGGGAGCCAGAAGCACACCAUUCCAGAACCCCCAGCCCAAGCCUUGCCCCUGGACACUUGAAGAGAGAAAAGCUGCCCCAGGACCCACUGUAUGACAUACCUGGUGCCAGUGGGGAUCAGGCAGGUGGGCCCCAGUGGCCCACACGCACCGUGAGCCUUCGAGAGCGCCUGCUGCUUACCCGGCCCGUGUGGCUGCAGCUCCGGGCCAAUGCUGCAGCAGCCCUGCACAUGCUGAGGACUGAGCCUCCAGGGACAUUCCUGGUGCGGAAAUCUAACACCCGCCAGUGCCAGGCCCUGUGUGUGCGGCUGCCAGAGGCCAGUGGCCCCUCCUUCGUCUCCAGCCACUACAUCCAGGAGAGUCCUGGUGGUGUCUCUUUGGAGGGCUCUGAGCUUAUGUUCUCAGACCUAGUCCAGCUCAUCUGCGCCUACUGUCACACCCGGGACAUCCUUCUCCUCCCACUCCGACUCCCCACAGCCAUCCAACAGGCAGCCACCCACAAGCAGCUGGAGGCCAUCUCCCAUCUGGGCAUUGAGUUCUGGAGUUCCUCCCUCAACACCAAGGCUCAGCAGGGCCUAUCCGAAGGCCCACCGCCACCCCGGCUGAAGGCCCGUUCCCCUCACGAGCUGGACCAGGGUACUGGCGCUGCUCUCUGCUUCUUCAAUCCCCUGUUCCCAGGGGAUCUUGGCCCCACCAAGCGUGAGAAAUUCAAGAGGAGCUUCAAAGUCCGUGUGUCCACAGAGACCUCCAGCCCCCUGUCUCCACCUGCUGUGCCACCUCCCCCAGUCCCUGUGCUGCCAGGGGCAUCCCCCAGCCACCCAGAGCAGCUUCCCCCUCAUCAGCUGCUGCGGAGGGAGAGCUCAGUGGGGUACCGUGUGCCAGGGGGCACCAGCCCUAGCCUCCCACCCCUGCCCUCCCUCCAGGAGGUAGAAUGUGGCUCCCCUAGCAGCUCCGAGGAGGAGGGGCCACCAGUGUCCCAGGGCAGCCCUUCCGUCUCCCCCAGCCUGGGCCGCCGGUGGCGUAGGCAGCCUCUGCUUAGAUCCAUGAGUGCUGCCUUCUGCUCCUUGUUGGCUCCUGAGCGGCAGGUGGUCCGUGCAGCUGCAGCACUGGUGCAAGACAGACACACUGUUGUGGGCCAGCUGGUACAGGACCUCCUGACCCAGGUGCGGGCUGGCCAUGAACCCCAAGAGCUGCAAAGCAUCCGCCAGGCACUGAGCCGGGCCCAGGCCAUGCUGAGUGCAGAGCUGGGGCCUGAGAAGCUGCUGCCACCUGAGAGGCUGGGUAAGGCCCACCGUGGAUCUCUGAGGCUUGGUCCCUGGCUCUCCAUAUCUCCAGCUUUUCCCAACCACCUCUCUCACUGUGUGCCACUGCCGCCUGCUUCUCUGAUGCUGUUCUACCACUUUAUGAGCCCCAUACACACCCCCGCCCCAGCUCACUGCUGUUCAAGUGGCUGCCGACCUCUGCCUCUUUCCCUUUCUGAUCUCCCUCAGCACUUCCUGCUAGGUGAAGCUUCUGCCCCUUCUCUGACCCUGCCUGCCCCUCCUCUGGCAGAACAUGUCCUGGAGAAGUCAUUGCAUCGCUCCGUGCUCAAGCCUCUCCGGCCCAUUCUGGCAGCUCGCCUCCGUCGCCGACUUUGUGCUGAUGGCUCCCUUGGCCGCCUGGCUGAAGGCCUCCGCCUGGCCCGGGCCCAAGGCCCUCGAGCCUUCGGGUCUCACCUGAGCCUGCCUUCCCUGGCAGAGAUGGAGCAGAUACGCCAGAAGCUACUGCAGCUGCUCCGCACCUACUCACCUAGUGCCCAGGUCAAGCGGCUCCUGCAGGCCUGCAAGUUGCUCUACACAACCCUGAGGACUCAGGCAGGGGAGAGUGCAGGUGCUGAUGAGUUCCUGCCACUGCUGAGCCUUGUCUUGGCUCAGUGCGACCUUCCAGACCUUCUACUGGAAGCUGAGUACAUGACAGAGCUUCUGGAGCCCUCCUUGCUCACUGGAGAGGGUGGCUACUAUCUGACCAGCCUAUCAGCCAGCCUGGCCCUGCUGAGCAGCCUAGGCCAGGCUCAUACCCUUCCCCUGAGCCCGGCACAGGAGCUGCAGCGUUCCCUGAGGCUCUGGGAGGAACGGUGCCUGCCUGCUACCCACAGCUUCCAGCACCUCCUCAGAGUAGCUUACCAGGAUCCCAGCAGUGGUUGUACUUCCAAGACCCUGGCAGUGCCCCCAGGGGCCUCCAUCACCACCCUGAAGCAGCUCUGUGCCACCAAGUUCCGAGUGACCCAGCCCGAUGCUUUUGGCCUCUUCCUGUACAAAGAACAGAGCUACCACCGCCUGCCCCCAGGAGCCCUGGCCCACAGGCUUCCCACAGCCUGCUACCUCGUCUACCGCCGGGCAGAGCGGUCUGAGACUCAGGAGGAUGCAAGACAGGAGAUGGGUAGUGGGUGCCCAGAGACAGGCAGCUGGGAAGAGAAGAAAGAAGGCCAGGGAGAGGGGAGAACGGGGAUCAAAGCCAGCCCCAAGAACAGUGGGGGAGAGUAUAAGGCUGCUGAGGGGGGUGAGCGUCAGGUUGGGGGGAGCCUUGUGCAGCCAGGGGAGCCAAAGACUCAGGGAAACCAGUCCACAGAGGAAUAGCUGGAAGGGACCAGAGGGUCAUGUGGGUCUGCACAGAAGGCUGACAGAGCCACCAGCCCCACUUACCAAGGCCACAGCCUCCUUGGCCACCCCCACCCCUGCCCUCUCCUGUGUCUGCCACCACCUCCGAUACUUACCUCUGUGAGCAUGAGCAUAUAUGCCGAGGGCUGGGGCCUCGCCACAUCUGAGGGACUGGGGUAAAGUUGAGGGUUUGACAGUCUUCUGUAUCCAAGGCCCUUGACCUGUUGUUCUUCCCCAGCCUACAGGGGUGAGUGUGCCCAAUGGAAAAGUCCAACUGAUGCCCAACCUCUGGCACGGUGGGUGGGGGUCUGGGCUCCCUUUACAUCUACCACCGUGAGUGCAGGCAGGGAUACUGGGACCUCAAAGCCCUGAAAGGCUCCAGUCACUUCUGCUGUCUGGAGGACUCGGAGAGGCAGCACAGUGGCAGCAGAGCUACCCGGAAGGACCAACUCCUCCCAACCUCAGCGUCCUCAUCUCCGAAGUGGGGAUACUAGUAUCGCCCUGCCCGCCUCCAAGAGGUGCUGCAGUGGAUGAUCUUGCUGCAAAACAGAGCUCAGACUAAGGGAAAAAGGAAGGAGGAAGCUGGAUGUUACCAGGUCUCACCUGCUCUCUUCCAUGAGUCCACUCCCUGCCCAGUGGGCUCUUACUUGCGGUUUUUUCCUCAGGCUAGGGAAGGUUAUUUGCUGGAGGCCAUGCUCUGAAGGAGAAAGCACCCAUGCUCCAGCCUUCUCCCAGGAUUGGAAGUCCGCCUGGGUACUCAGGGGAAUUGGCUAGUGGAGAUAACGCCCACCCUCAGGAGCUGACCUUCUGGAAUGGAGACUGAGGCCCUGAAACCAUUUUCUCUAAACUUUUGGCGCUCAUAAAAGCUUUGUGGGGAUAAAAGGUGUGGCUUGUUGGCCCCAUUGAGGUACAAGAAGGCAACUCCCAGACAUCAAGCCCAGCAAAGCAACCCUCAAGGCCUGGACAGCCCCCCAAAGGAAACCCAGGAGCAAAUCUGAACAAAUAAAAAUACCAAUCACUGACCACAAGGGGGCCAUAUGUGACCCAGGAAGUUGCCUGGAGUGCCAUGAUCAAGGGCCACAGAGCAUAGGCAUCUUGCAUGGGUCACUGUCCUUGCUCACCUACAGCCUUCAGGCAGCCUGGGGACAGGGUAGGACCAGGAUUACUGGCCCCAGCCCCGUAGAAUUAGAGGUCUUGGUCAAAUCAGCUUCUCAGAGACCAUUCCUCCAGAAAGAACUGUCCUGGGAUGGAGGAAGACCCCCACCAGCCUGAGUGACUGACACUCCUUUCAUGUGCUGAGGACAAAGGGACACUAACCCACAUAUGACCAGACAAGUAUGCAGAAAAGGUGGAGAUGGGCUUUCACACAACUCAUAGCCCAGAUACGGGGCUCCCAAACGUCUCACUUGGCCACUGAAGUGCUUUCCCCUACUCCCCACAACUCUGUGCCCCCACCCAGCUCCUUGCUGGCAGGAAGCCUCUCCUUUAUUCUGUUGUGUGCCCUCCCUCCAGCCCCCAUCCCUAGUGCCGUGUUCAGUGUGAGCACACCGUAGGCGCUCAAUAAAAGCUGUCCACGGACCAGAGUGUAAUAAAGAGUGAGGGACCCUAGGGAGGAAAAGGGAUGGCUAGUUCUGGGAUUCUAAUACAGGAUAUGUCCAGCUCAGUCCCAGAGGAAGGACCUGGAAUUUCUGCAGGGGGUGCUCAGGGAUCCCCAGGAACCGGAUGUGGAGCUCAGACUAAGAGAGGUGGGAACUGGAACAAGGCUUCAGGGCCCCCACUUCUGGGACUUCUGCAAUCCUCUCCCUUCCCACACUCAGCCUCUGCAUGUGCUCCUGGAAUUUUACAUGCCCCUCAGCAGUGGCUCAUGGGAACACUGCUGGGUCCUCCUGCCCACUGCCAGGGGCUUUGGUGCUUGUGACUGCUCAAAGGUGCAUGACCAGUGGUUUCAGGGGUAGGAGCUCAGGACGUGAUAAACAAUUGACUGGUGUCAUCAUUUUACAGAUGAAACAGGCUUCCUCAGGAAUGUGACUUGUUAAAGGCAAAAGAGUCAAACACCAGGAUCUGUAAUUCCCCCCAAGUACAAAGACUCACUAACUUGUCCACUGAACUGUAAUCUAAUGAGUGUCUGGUAUGGACCAAGCACCCACAGCCCCAGUGACAAUGAAGCAAGUUGAAUCUCACCACCUUCACACUGAUCUGGAGGUAACCGAGACCCCACUGUGACCUAGAGGUUCUGCAUUCCUGUAAAUGGUUUUUCCUUUUGGAAGAGGAAGCCACAUCUCUGAGAGGAGACAUGCCUUCUCCAUAUCCACCGUCACAGUGCCGGACUGGGGCCCUGACCUGAUGUGGGUCCGCUGAGAGCAGCCAAGUCAUUUCCUUGCUUAGAAAUGUUGCACUUAGCACUUCUAAAGUCACCCUUGUUGUCCAUGUGAGUUUGUUUGUCUCUCUCACUGUUCUGCCACAGCCAAGUUGGCCUCAUUCCCAGCUAAAUCUCAAGGGCCUAGGAUAGUGCCUGGGCCGGCGCACUUAGUAA